CGAUGUCAACCGUCAGUCCCACCUGAUGCGGAUCCCACACCGCACAGCAAUACUCCAGAAUAGGGCGGACAAGCGUGAUGUAAGCAGUCUCUUUAGUAGACUUGUUGCACGUUCUGAGUGUUCUGCCAAUGAAUCGCAGUCUUUGAUUUGCUCUACCCACAAAAUUAUCUAUGUGGUCGUUCCAAUUUAGGUUAUUUGUAAUUCAGUUCAAUUCAGUCUCUUUAUUCAUCCGUUAACAAUAUGCAUUGUAUGGGUGUUGUAAUCCUUUUCGCACCACGCAGAUAUCUUAUCUAAAUCAUUUUGCAAUUCCUUUUGGUCAUCUGAUGACUUUACAAGACUGUAAAUGACAGCAACCUGAACAAUAGAUGGCCUACAACACUUCCUUGGUGAACGCCGGAUAUUACUCCUGUCUUACUCGAUCACUUUCUGUCUGUUACUACGAACUGUGACCUUUCUGACGGGAAAUCAAGAAGCCAGGCCCGCAGCUUGGCCGAUAUUCCAUAGGCAUGAGAAGAACUGGAAUUUUUAUGUCUUUAAGUAAUCAAGUCAAAUUUGGUCAUUAGUUGAUCUUUGAAUCGAUGUGUAAUAGAUGUGAGAUGUGAUUUAAAAUAUAAAUGCAGUUGUGCAAAAAUGCCUUUAGUUUUUGCACACUAAUAAACGUGUAAGUAAAUUUAUAAUCCAGUCUACUUCUCCUCUGAACAUAAAAACGAAAACUGUGGAGAAGUUUGAGAACAGCAUUCACAGUGGGGCUUCAUUUUUACUAGUGCAGUGAUUUACAGGGCAGUGAACAAUUAACUUUAAAUUAAGCCCACUGAUAAUCUUUUAACUUGUAGAGCUAAAGAGUUGCUAAAUCCCAAUAAGAAUGGAAGAAAAUACGCAAAACAAGAGUUCCAUUAAGGCAACACAAAAACCUGUGAUUACCGGUACACAUGAAGAAGGCAUUCAUCAGCCUAGCGCUGGUUGCUGUUCUGGUGCAGCUGGCUGAUGCUCUGCGAACUCAACACAGUGAUGGUUUGAAAUCGCUGCCACCCUCAGACUCCAUCAUGGGCAUCUAUAAUCAAGCAGCCGUCACCACCAAUGGGUAUCUAUGUGCAGGUAUUGGAAGUGAUAUAUUGCAGAAGGGAGGCAAUGCUGUUGAGGCUGCAAUAGCUGCACUCUUCUGCGAGGGAGUGAUCUUUCUGCAGAGCAUGGGUAUAGGGGGCGGUUUCCUCAUGACAAUUUACUCUCGGGAGAACCAGACUGCAGUGACAUUAAACGCACGUGAAACAGCACCUGCAAGUUCCUAUACAGACAUGUUCCAUGGAAAUUCUACACUUUCUCAAUAUGGUGGGAUGGCCGCUGCUGUGCCUGGUGAGCUGAAAGGUUACUGGGAAGCAUUUAAUACCUAUAAAAGUGGGAAUGUGACCUGGAGCGAUCUUGUGUAUCCAUCAGUUAAAAUCUGUCAGGAAGGCUUUGAGGUUAAUUCCAACUUAGCAGAACUUCUUAAGUCAAAUGAGGACAACAUUAAAAAAAGUGAGACACUCAGUGAACUUUUGAUCAAUCCUGAAACUGGAAGUGUGUGGCAGCUGGGUGACAUACUGAAGCGACCUACUUUAGGUGAAACAUUAAUUCAGAUUGCUGAAAAUGGUAUAGAUAUUUUCUAUAAUGGUUCUCUUGGUGAGAAAUUUAUUAAGGACGUCACAGAUCUUGGAGGAAUCAUGACAAUGGAUGACCUAAGGAAUUAUGAGAUUCAUUGGGAGCCUCCUGUUUCUGCUAAGUUGAGUGGCAAUGUUACAUUGUAUACAAUGCCUCUACCUGGAUCAGGACCUGUGCUUGCAUUUAUACUGAAUAUCUUGGAUGGUUAUAUACCUGCUUCUGAUGAAAUAACAACAUAUCAGCGUAUCACAGAAGCUUUCAAAUAUGGGUAUGGCAGAAGGACAGAAUUAGGUGAUCCUUAUUUUAAUGAAGAUGUUUUGGAGAUUGUCAAAAACUUAACAUCAAGAAGUUAUGCUGAAAGUAUACGUGCUCAAAUAAGCGAUUCUGUAACAUACAAUGACCCAGGACAUUAUGGAGCUGUGCUAAGUCAGCCUGAUGAUCAUGGGACAGCACAUAUUUCAGUGAUUGCACCUAAUGGGGAUGCUGUCUCUGUCACAAGUACCAUCAAUUUAUUCUUUGGUGCAAUGGUUGUAUCAAAAUCUACAGGUAUCAUUCUUAAUGAUGAAAUGGAUGAUUUCUCUGCACCAAACAUUACCAGUGCAGCUGGAAUUCCUCCAUCACCAGCAAAUUUUAUUCAGCCAGGGAAAAGACCACUUUCAUCUAUGUCUCCUUCAAUUUUUGUCAAUGGAAGUGGAGAUGUACAACUCGUUACUGGAGCUGCUGGUGGACCUAAAAUUAUAUCAGCAACAACACUGGUAUCUAUAUAUAGCCUGUGGUUCAACAAAACUAUAAAGGAAGCUAUUGACCAUAGCCGAAUUCAUCAUCAGCUAUUCCCUAUGACACUUUUAUAUGAAGAAGGGUUUGAGGAGAAUGUCAUCGAAGGCCUCAGCAAAAUUGGCCACAGUGUGCAAGAAUUUCCUCUUGGUGGGACAUCAGUGAAUGGAAUUGGAGUGUCUUCAAGAGUGACUGGAAUUGCCGUGUCUGGAGGGAAAAUUUAUGCAAAUUCAGACUUCAGGGUUAAUGGAGUAGUUGCCGGUUUUUAAGACUGUAAACCAACACUGUGGAAAGAUUAGGAUGUUAAAAUAUGUUAGGUCAUAUCUAAAUUUACCAUCUUGUUUUUGUACCUCUUAGGCUUCCUGGAUAUUCUUCUUUAAUCUUCCUCCUGUAAAAUUGAAUGCAGUAAACAGUUA